AUGUCUUUUUCUGGAGAUAACUCGAAGGGAUGGGAGGAAGCCGGCCCUGUCAAAAGGGAUAUCAAAAAGUUCAAGAAGCGUGGACAUAUGACGCAAGUCAUUCCGCAAUCAAGACUUAACCAAGGCUACGUCGAAUCUUCAUCUGGACUCAUUGUACCAGCAGCGCCAACAACAGGCGCUUCUUUAGACUCGCCCAAAACUACAAAACCAGUGCCGUCAGCCGAAGCUUUGGCUGUUGCGAGGGCAUCAUCACAAGAACAGAAAAAAGUGUGGCAAGGCUCCAAUAGAAAUAACACAAAAAGCACCGCCUUUGGGCAUAGACAAUCGGUGAUUAACGUGAAGUCUCGAAACGCGAAUAGGAAGUCGCAAUAUGGAAUGCAACCCAUCGACUUCUCAAAGGAAUAUAUGGAAGUGAAAGAGGCGAAUAAGACAAAGGCGAGGGACGAAACAGUUUAUGAGCGACUUGAAGAACCAAAAUUUGACUCUGCGGACUAUGAAGACCAGUACGACAGCGACCAAUACGUUAUGGAAAAGAAAGUUGCGGAAGAGAAAAUUCGAUUUGUCUCGAAACAAGAUGUGUUGUUUCGACCGAAUUGGAUCCAACUUGAACAAAUCGAUUUGUCUGAACGAAGUAUCCAACCCAAAUUUGUGUGUUGCGAGGCGAACACUGUGUUGAUUGUCUGUGCAGACGAGUUGUCGAGUUUUUUACUUUACGAUGGAAUAUACCACCCCAUCAAAAACAAUUACAAAAAUCGGAUUCUGAAAGCCGCUUUGGACCCAACGGGAAUGCACGUUGUGUUGUUGUACGCCGAGAACAAAAUGGGAUAUUGCAACAGAAACAAACUCCAGCCGGACCCAAAGAUCUUUUCAUUUCCACAAGAGAUACUUGCUGCAAAUAAAGAAAAAGUCAAGCUUGAAGUCACUGCACUGAAAUUUGACCAAAAAACUGCGAGCACUGAAUUGACUGUGUUUGCAGGAACAAGCUCGGGAUGUAUAUUUAAGAUAUUGGUGUUCACCCGAAACAACCCAAUCAACUUCACGUUCCAAUCAAUUUAUCCCAUUGAAAACAAGAGAGUCGAUAUUCGAGGAACAACAGGAACUCUGAGAAGUGCUCUUAAAACACCCCGAGAGAAAGCACAACAGACUAUGGUAGAUACAUCAACGAUCAUUGAUAUUGGUCCAGUCGAGGAUUUGUAUUUUAUUGACAGUGAAAAGGUCAAGAUGUUCAUCGUGUCGAAUUUCAAUUACGUUGUUGCGCUGUCGAUUAACGCGGAUUCGCAAACAAACAAAUACACAGUCGAGGACUUGUCAGAGAGAUUCCAAAAUGAAGUGAUGGUUGGGAGUAAGUCGGUGUUGUUCGUCGACCCCCUUGCCGAUGAGAAGUCGUCGUUCUACAAAGUCUGUUUUGUUAGUGCAGCCUUUGUCGAUCAAGGCAAAGUGUUCCGUAAGAUGACUCGGCUAAUUGCACAAGUCGAAGUUAAAGAGAUUGAGAACUUCGACACCGUCACUGGUGUGGAUCAAAUUAAGAAAUUGAAUAUCUAUGGGAAUGGGAAGUCGAGUAAAAUCAACGCGGACUGUGCAAUUGAUAUGGGAGACGAACUCUUUUUGUUGUUCCAAAACAAAAUUGGGUGUUAUGACUUCGACACUAAAAAUUCGUGUGAACAGCAAAUUGAUGGGAAAUCGAUUUCUUUAAGUAUCGACCACUCGACAAAAGAUGUUGUGGUGUGUACUGAAUAUUGUUUGUAUAACAUCAGGUCAUUGCAUCCAAAAAUCGAAAAGAACUUUGAUGUCCAGUUACUCAAAAACAUCGGAAACUCGGAGACAAUGUUGUUUUACUUUGUCAGGCGACUCGACGAAAUUCUGCCAAUGACAAAUGACCGAGUGAAACGAAUUCAGGCUGCUUUACUUUACGUGUGGAGUAUCACCCUUAUACUGAAAAACGCUUUUACGGAAGACGCAGAGAAAGUCGAAGAAGUGAAAACAAAGCUGAAGGUCGUGUUGCACAAGAAGAUAUACGCCAAACGAGUGAUUGACGAAGAAAUCGUCUCAUAUCUUUUUAUCAAUGCGGGUGAUGACAAACAGGAAUUGUUCAAGUGGUUUUGCAACGAAAUUAAUAACCUCAAAUUUUUGUUCAAAUACUAUUUGCUUGUCUCGAACUACGUUGCUGCAGUUGGUGUAUUGGACGAUAUGUAUGCUUCUAAAGACGAAGAUGUCCGUCUCGAUUGCAAGAAGCUUGUGAAAAAGUAUUUUGGUGUUCUAUUUAAAAAUGCCGAACAAGAAUUUGCCUUCUUCUUGAAUCCUCCAUGUCAAAAGCAAAUCUUCACGGGGCCAGAUAUGGCUAUUUCAUUGAGCUUAGUCGCGGAGAUGAUGGAAUUUAGUGAUUUCGAAUCGACUUUUGUGCAUUGGUUCAAGGAUCGAAUAGCAAAGAAAUAUGAGUCGGAGUACCUCAUUGAGAUCUUCUUCUGGCGUCUCGUCAAAUACAAAAUCGACCAACAAAAGAAUCCAACCGAGGAGGUUGAUCGAUACUUUGCGUCGUACAUCCGAGACAGUCCAACAAAGUUCACGUCCGUCCACUUUUUCAGAGAACUUAAGAACAGGAAAUUCUACUUCUCGUUACUUGAUAUCUACACAACAAACAGACAGUACAUCAACGCAAUCGACACUAUUGGAGACAUAUUCAGGAUGUAUCACUUGAGUGGAGAUGCUGUGAGAGAUCUCAUUCGGACCCUUGUGGAGAAGAAAGAUAAACUGCCGAAUGAGGAAGAAGAUGAGAACGUUUUUGUUGUUAAAAUGCUCAAACUCAAGAUCGAGGCGAACGACAAAAAGUCCGAGGUUGGCAAUUUGAUUGAUGACGAUAAAAUCCCGGUACAGAGUGUUCUUGCAUCACUCUCUUUGUUGACCAACACGAACACCAAACUUGAAAAACUGAAGGCGUGCAUUUCAAAUACAUUUGAAAAGUAUAAAAGUAAAGAUCUGGAAAACUCGAAGAAAAUCAAUGAAUUGGUUGAGGGGAGGAAAAAGGGGAUUGCAAGUCUUGGAAAGGCUGGUAACAUUCUUUUCAUCGAACACAGUCAGAAACAAUACAUCCAUUUCAGUGUUGCAAAACAAUGUGCGUUGUGCUUCCAAUUCUUUGACAAAAAUGCGAAGAACGAUGUGUGUAUUGGGUUCACAUGUGACCAUUUCUACCAUGCCAGUUGUAUUCUCAAAGAGAUCAAAAAACACCAAACUCCUUGGGCACUUGAAAUUUUGAGGAAUUAUAACACCGCUGGCCAGGAAUUAAAAUCCGAACAAUUAACUAAGGAAUGCAUCCUUUGUAGCAAACACGUUAUUCAACUCGGAGAGUUCGAACUUGACGAUGACCACACAGAGAACUGGGACAUCUAA